AUGGCCGGUAUCUCUCACUUCCCGACGCCCGAUCGUAGUGCAGUGGGACCGGUGGGUCACCGCGCUAUGGCCGCAGAUGAGAAGCGACAGCGCAAGAAAAUACAGAACAGGUUGAACCAAAGAGCGCGCAGACUUCGUCUUCGAGAAAAAGAUCAGGGCGAUGUAACCACUAACCUGCGCCCAUUCCGAGUCUAUCGCUGGCGACUCGAGAAUGAGAGUCAUAACACGCCAGGCAUAAGUAGCAAACAGCCGAGUCGUGGUCCCGUCCAGAAUAAUAUAGACAGGCGUGAACACCCUGCACCUUGUCCUCCUGCCGAGCCAUUCUCAAACUCCAACCAAGCACGGAUGGUUUCGCAUCGGUCAUCCGAAACGGGAGUUUCCCUACCCGCGGACCACUUGCUACAUCUUAUUCAAUUUAAUGUGCUCCGGGGAGUCCACCGUGCCAAGUAUAUCCUGGCAGAGUGCUCGGCAUUUGUCAUCCCAGGUAUAGAGAAAGAUGAGAUCCGCCCCGGCCACGUUUGGUUCCUCGGUACCUCGAUGUUUUUCGCGACAAGGCCCGGUCUCCCUGAGAGGCUGGUUCCGACAUCACUGCAGAUGGAUAUUUUACACGCGACGUGGAUCAAUUUCUUGCCGAUCCCGAAAAUGCGAGAUAAUCUGAUUGCAAAGGAGACUUGCUAUGAUCAUGCGGACUUCAUAAGAGACUUGCUUGGGGAGAAAGUGGUCGACCACAUGUUCGGCUCCCUAUGA